AUGGCCUCCACGGUCCCACGAAGCCGCUUACUCGAGCUCACAAAGCUCCAAUCCUCCCUCUUCUCCACCACAUUCAACCCCUCCCGCCUCCGCCUCGGCAACAAAGUCCUCCGCCAGCGCCUGCGCGGCCCCGCGCUCGUGUCCUACUACCCGCGCAAGUCCGCGACCAUCGAAGACAUGCUGCAGUCGUUUAAGCGCUUUGGCCUGGAGGGUUGGAAUGAGCGUGAGGAGGACCGUUUGGAGGGACUGCAGAUCGCGAAGAUGAGAGGCAAGGGCGCGCCGAAGAAGAUUAGGACGAAGGAGGAGGGUGCAAAGGGGAAGAAGAAGAAGAAAUGA